CAAAAAGAAGCUUACGUGAAAGAAGUAAUGGAGUACUCACAAGCACAUCCUGACGACAUGGAGAUAAAAAAGAUCCUUGAAGAUGAGACACAUAGAAAGGCAAAGGUUUCUACCUCAAAGAAGACUACUAAAACAAAGGAAGAAUUAGAGUCAAGCGAGUUGGACGAUACCAUGAACACAACAAUGAAUGACACAGGCAGAACCAGCACACCAUUGAAAACUCCAAAAAAGAAAAAGAGGCAACAUGAUGAUGACAGCCAGGACUCUAGCCCAACAAAGAGUAAGAAGAUGAAAGUAAGGAAGGUUUGGACGGCAGAAGAGAUGCAUUUUGAAAGCAAAUAUGCAGAUUAUAAAGCCGAACAUCCGGACAUGGACGACGAUGUAGUGCGGAGAAAAAUUGCAAGCAAGUUUAAGAGAUUGUCCGAGGAGAAAAUAGCUAAAUACAAAAGAAAAGCAGAACAGAGGAACGAUGAAAGUGACUAGUCUAGAGUUAAUUUCUGAGUUUGAAUUUCUAUUCUACUUCAUAAAGUGUUCAUAUUCAUCCCCCGUUAUGUGGUGGGAAUAAAAGUAUGCUCUUGCCGGACAUUUUUAAUGACUUUACAGCUGUUCAAAGAUAGAGAUGUGGCAGUUGAUGUCUAGAGAUAGUUUUUUAAACUUCAUUUGUUGACUGAAAUACUGUGAGGAGGGUUAUCGCCCUGUGAAUGAAAUAUUUUAGUAUUAUUGUUAUAGUUUGAAGAUUCUUUCUGAAACCUAAUGUUGUGACUAUGUCAUUUACUUAGCGGUCUGGGGUUACAAUAUUGGUCAUAAGGAGCAAUUUUUUUGUGAUUUUAGGAGAAUUUUUAAAAAAAAUAGUGAUGGAAAAUAUUGAGAAUAUGUUUCAUUUAUACCUAUCAUGUGUUCUGUAGUUUCUUAUCAGAUAGUUACCUUAAGUUUGGUACAAAAGGAUUUAGCGAUCUAUAGUUAAUUAUGUAAGUUUUUUAUUGUACAUGUUUAGAAUUACUUGGGUAAAGGUACAAGGAUCUUACAUCGACUGCUGGUAUAGACCGGAUCACUAGCUGGAGGGUAACUGUUUACGGUGUUAACAAGGCUCUGCCACUAAACAGUUAUCUGAAAGCUAGACGUUCCUCAAUGUAACAACAGGCGGUGUUUGAUUAUUUUUCCCCGCAUAUUACAUGUUAAUCGUAUAUCAGAGAAAAAAAGUCUUAUAGUAGUCUAUGAAUUUACAAUUUCAUUCAUAAUGGCAAAAUGAUGUCAUUCUAAGAACGUAAUUCAUUCUUAUAAGGCGUGCGUGAAUGACGUCAUUUGAAGCAUGCAACUUGUGUAAACGGUAGAAUAGUCCUGUCUGAUAUGCAAGAAAACGUUUCCUUUAAUGCUAAAAUUCUUGUAUUGUUGUUAAGUUUAUUUUUGGGGAUGGGAAUAUGGUAUAUUAUGAAAUCAAUCAAGGGAAACUUGUGUUCAAUUUACUCUUGGAGUAUUACCAGCAACAAUGAUUUUCCAUUUCCAGUUUUAUAAAGCCAGGCGAGUCAACACUUGCUAAUGGUCAUUUGUCUCUCACUGCAGAAAUCAUUCGAGAUUUGUAGUUGGUUUUUACAGAAUUU